AUGGACAAUACAGCAUCAGCUCUAAGCGUACUUGACGAAAUGAGCAUCAUUGAGAUAGAAGAAUUCAAAAAGGUGUAUGACAAACUGAUCCGAGUAGCCUUGUCACCAGACCUCCAGCCCGGGUUUGAUGAAAGAGUCAAACUAAGCAACGUUGACCUUAAAGAUCUCGUGACGCGAGGGUACAACUUAUACCAUAAGUUGACAAAAAAGCUGAUAGAGCUAAAAGAGGAAAAAAGAACUAAGCCCAUAGAGACAAAUUGGGCUGAAGAGCUGACAAAAGCAAUAAGAGCCAUGCAACAACCAAGUGCAUCACCAAUGGCUGUACAACAGCCAACAACGAUAAUACAACGUCAACCAAUUCGUGUACCCACAUUUGAUGGAGAACCAAGAAACUUUAGGUCUUAUUGGACCAGAUUCGAGACACUGAUCGAUAAAGAUCAGACGUUGUCAAAAGCAGAGAAAAUAAAUCUGCUAUUCGAAGGUCUACAUGCAAAGACCAUAGCACUCAUAAAUGUUGAUCCCACAGAGGACAACUAUGAGUUCAUAAAAGACUGCUUACAGAAAGAGUACGGGGUGUACAAAACCGACUUAUAUACUCUUCUGAGAAAACUGCAGAGCGUGAAAACAGCUCAACUAAAAGCAACAGACUGUGAAAAAACCUACAGAGAAAUUAAAGCUCUAUUACGACAGAUAGAGACAGUAGGGGGCACGGUAUCAAAGGAGAUUUGCCUCAGUCACGUGUUGCCAAAAUUCCCAUUCAGAAUUGUGGGAGACAUAAUAAUGGAUGCUGACGCAACAACGUCAGAAGAAAUCCUAAACGCUUUACACGAAAAGAUUGUAAAGUUUAAACUAAGGGAAGAAAAGGAAAGUUUCCAUGAUGGGGAACGUUUAAAUCCUAUCCCAAAAGAACGGAAUCGUUCUUCAAUGAAUCAGUGCGCAUUUUGCGGGAGAAUUAACCACGCCACUAGUAUGUGCAGAACAUUCGCUUCGGUCACCGAAAGAAGAGACCAAGUCAAAAAGAGAAAUCUCUGUUGGAUUUGCUUUUCUAACAAACACAACAGUAGAAAUUGCACUCAACCAAAGUGCAGCACCUGUCAGCUUGAUCACAACAUGUUAUUGUGUAACAAAGCCAUGGAGAAACAGGAAACAGAGCCUAAGGGCAAGAAGCCGUUCAAACC